UUGUUAUGGGUGAUUUCAAUAGUUUUCGUUUUUUUUGGGACACCCUGUAGAUAAAAAAAAAGAGAUUUCAUGUAUGAUCUUUGCUCUAAGGUUGGAUUAAUUUUCAACUCCAUGAGAAAUAGUUCGCUUGCGAAAAGUUUGUAAAUUUUCUUUUGAAUUUCUGCAGCAUAGUUCAAGUUGAUUGUUCUCAAUUCAAAAGACAAUAUCCAAAUAUUUCGCUAACGAAUAAUUUCUCUGCAAGUUGAAAAAUCGUGUUAUAAUUCAUGGACGUAUUUAAUACCCGCAAUGUCAUUUUGGUUGAUGGAAACCAGUGAUGACCCUAAAUUACAUGCAGUGAAUUUCUUGGAAUGUGAUUGGUUACCGUUUCGUGAAGAUUCGUGUACAUAUAUACGCAAGCGAUUUGCACAAUCCUUCAUAUUGAUUAGAUAUUUUGUAGCGGUUGGUAGCUACUUAGCUGGAGGCGAUUUCAAUUGACUCUUACACCUUGCGCGGCUGUAUGGAUUGAACGAAAGGAAUACUCUUUUCAAAUAUGUGACUUGCUUCAAAGAAAUGGCUAAUUACCGUCCACCAAAUACUAAAAAGCGAGGUCGAAAACCGAACAAUCUUUCUGUUACGUUGUUUCUUCUUAAUCCAGAGACGACGAUUACGAAGAUCACAAAAGAAACAUGUUCAAAAGUGGCCAUCAAGUUGUUAAUGCAGAAAGGAUAUGGGCCACCUCGAUCAGAGCAUUGUAAAAAUGGAAACAUUGAUGGAAAAGUGGAGUUUCCCCUCGAACUAACAAAUGAAGAGUUCACAAGAAAAUUGGUCGAAAUUUAUCCUACAUUGGAAAGCGCUUGCUUUGUGUUCAUGAAAGCUGGAAAGGACAACAUGUUGGAGGAGUUAAAUCCAGGAAUAUGCUGCUUCAGAUGCUACACUCCAAAUAAUGUUUACCACAGUGAAAGAGGACAAGGCCGGCUCUACAUACGAAAGAUCACUGAGAACGAGAUCUCUCAGUGCAGCCAUGGGGAAUCUCUUUUUAAAAGAUUGUGUGCUGUUCCUAAUGGCCCACGGUUUUUACCAAUUCAACCAAAACCAUCAUCAGGCUCCACGGUCACAACAGUUGGGACUGAUUUGAAUAAAAACGCAGCUACACCUGUUGCUAUGCCAACAUUUGUUCAGUUACCUGUGUCAGGUACCCAGUCGGUAGUGCUGCUGUUACCUACCACAAUAUCUGCACCGGAUCAGUCAUCAGCACCAUCGGUUCAAAGUUAUGGUAAUACAAAUUUAACGCAAGGUCAAACUGGGCUCGUAACUAAUGUUUCUACCAUUGCAUCACUCCCAGCGGUUCAGGAUUCUAUCAACAGUGUUUCGGAAAGUCAACCACCAACGACGUCAAAUAGUAUUUCCCAGACAGUCAACACUAUUGGAAAUAUUGUUGUUCAAAAUCAGUUACCAUCAUCAUCAGAGACUAUCAUUUCCAGUAUGGUACCAACACUGUCACUUCAGAGUCCUGUGAACAUGUCAGCAACCACUUUUUUUACACAACCAGUUAACAAUUCAGUUAAUAUGGUAACCUCAAAUCAGGUACCACUACAACAAACUGGCGUAGUUCCUCCUGCGACUGCUCAAAUAUUUGCUAGCACAAUGCAAGGUCAGUCACCAAUAUCCGCAUCUUCCCCUGCCAGGAUUGCACCAACACCAGAAAGCUCUGGUAACCUAGGUACACGAGGUCAGGUGUCAAUGCAAAUUGUUCCAUUCUCAGCAUCAGGGGCAACAGUUUUAAAUACAGAUAUCACUGCAACACUCAAUUCGCCUUGGACAGUUCCAACAGGAACUAGAACGCCAACUGCCACGUCAGCACCGGGUUCAACAAUGUCUGUUUCUACAUUAAUGCCUUCCUCGACAUUAGGUUCAGCUGUUAUGAUUCCCCGUUCCAUUAUUUAUCCUGGUUCAACCCCACAUGUUCAGCCGUCAGUACAACCUAAUGUCGAUUUGCUUCAAGCAAAUCUUGAUGGUGAAGCAUCCACUGGCAGAAGUGUUGCACUUGGGGGCAUUUUGCAGAGAUUGUCGAUGAAUCUACCUUUUAGGAUGCAAGGUCAAAGUAUUGUAUCCAAUUCAGUUGCUAUCACAAGCAAUGCAUUAGAAAAUCCUGCUGGGGAAUAUCAAAGCCAGUCUUUGCCGUCAGGUUUUUCUGCUUUGCUUUCUAAUGAAGAACGUCCGCAAUCUUUUGGAUUGCAAACUUUGGCAGACGCUACAGUGGAACGUGGACCACUGGGCGAUGACCUGAUGGCUAUUUCAGGAAAUGAGAACCCACCAAUUGUGCAGGAAAACCUGGACAUAAUGAACCCUAAAUUUCUUAUUGAGAUUUUUCUUGAAACUGUCAAAUCAACGGGAAGACUAGAGCUAUCACUGAGUCUCCUUCAUAAUGAUGAUCUCUUGAAGGAGCUGAAUGCAUCUACAAUCAAUAUUCAUACGCUGGAAAUUCAAUCAUCAUGCGAGGUACACAAAGUUCUCAGUCUUUAUUCUAUUCCAUCCUGUUUAAAAGUUCUACAAAUUAACAACAAUAACUUGAACUACGAGGAUAUUGUUGCUUUAAAUAGAUUUCUUGGUAGCAUGAACGGCUUAAAUGAAUUAGAUUUAUCUGGCACAAAAUGCAUAAAAGACUACGUCGGUAGUUUUUUAGUUGUAGUAAGCAGUUGUAGAAAUUUAAGAAAAUUGUGUUUGACUGAUAAUGACCUAACUGAAGAAGAAAUUAACGACUACCUUAUUCCAACACUCGAAUCGAUUAAUGAUCUUGUAAAUAUAAAUUUAUCUAAAAGUAACCUCACGGAAACACAAGCAAAUCGCAUACUGCAGAAACAUAGAGAAAGUAAAAGCGCUCUUUCGUUAGAUUUAUCACAAAAUGCAUUACAGGGAAGUGAAAUUAUCAAAGGUCUUUGCCAACUGCAAUCCUUAGAAGAAAUUAAUCUCGCUUAUAACCAUGUUAGAUUUUUUCCAUUAACUGAGUUAGAGGAGGGGCGUAACGUUUCCCCAAUUAACACGAAGGCCAUUUCAUUAUGUUCUAAUCGCCUGACACCUGAAGAUAUAGGUCCUUUUAUCAAUCUGAUCCAAUCUGAUCUAUUUAAGCUUAACUUAGAUUUUAAUCAUGUUGGAUGUUCCAUUUGGUCUUUUUGCUCUUUGAGAAUCAAGCAAUUAAAAGUAUUAACUUUAGAAAAUGCUGAUAUUCACGGUCCCGCUGUCCAGGGUUUAGCAUCUCUACUCUCCUUAGCAACGGAACUUGAAGAAUUGAACCUAGCUUCUAAUAAUCUUACUUUGGAGGAUUUUCAAAAUUUCCAAUUGCCAUUAUCAAAGUUAAUUCAGAUGAAACGCUUGAAUUUAAACAACAAUCCUGAAGGGAUUUCAGUUGUUUUGCCUAAAAUUCUUGCCAUCUUUUAAAUCUUUGGAAGAAUUAAAGCUGAGUAACGUUCAUUUGAAUGGUUGUGGUGUAAGCAAAAUUUGUGAAUCGCUUGCUUCCUUGAAAGGUCUGAU